GGCAGCUUCACCGGCCCGGGGCCACGACGUUCCCCACAGCAAGUAAAUCUGGGGCAUCAAUAAGUUCAAAUACCUUGUCCUCCCUCACCGCCAAUUCCCAUCCGCACCAGCACAGCAGACACCACAAUGAAAGCACUCAACUUAAGCACCCUCCUCCCAAGCCCGCAGGCGCUCACCGUCGCCACUCUGCCCUCGCCGACCCCCAGCAGCACACAAUACCUGAUCUCGAUCCGCGCCUCCGCAUGUAACUUCUUCGACCUGCUCCAGAUCCGCGGCAAAUACCAGCACCAGCCGACGCUCCCCUGGGUAGCGGGGUCCGAGUUCAGCGGCGUAGUGCUCUCCUGCCCGCCAGGCGGGAAAUACCCCGUAGGCUCCCGGGUCUUUGGAGCGUCGCAGGGAGCGUUCGCCACGCGCGUGUGCGCGGACGAGGCGGCCCUUCGGCCAGUGCCCGACGGCUGGGGAUUCAAGGACGCCGCGGGACUGUUCGUCACCGCGCCGACGAGCUACGCGGCGCUGGUGACGCGGGCGCAGGUGCGAGCGGGGGAGUGGGUGCUCGUGCAUGCGGGCGCUGGCGGGGUCGGACUGGCAGCGAUACAGAUCGCGAAGGCUUUGGGGGCGAGGGUCGUCGCGUCAGCGAGUACCGUUGAGAAGCGCGAUGUGUGCACCCGUUUUGGCGCGGAUGCGACGGUGGAUUACUCUGAUGACGGAUGGGUCAAGGUUGUGAUGGCUAUCACUGGCGGAAAAGGGGUGGAUGUGGUUUAUGAUCCCGUGGGAUUGGUGGAGAAGAGCUUGAGCGCUUGCAAUUGGAACGCCAGGGUGCUGGUGGUGGGUUUUGCGGGCGGCAAGAUUGAGAACAUGAGGACUAAUAGGGUGCUGUUGAAGAAUGUUAGCAUUGUGGGGAUUCAUUGGGGGAUGUAUGCGAAGAAGGAACCCGAGACAGUGCAGACGACGUGGGACGGCAUCUUUAAGCUGGUGAAGGAGGGGAAGUUUAAGGGGACUGUGUUUGAUGGAGAGCCGUUCAAAGGGCUGAAAGAGGUCGGCAGGGCCUUGGAGUGGCUGGAGGGCCGGAAGACGUGGGGGAAGGUCGUGGUCGAGAUUGAUGAUGAGGAUGUGGGCGGAGAGAAAGCGAGACUGUAAUUUUGUAUUUCUGGAUACCUAUAUCGAAAGCAGUCUGUACAUCAUAUCCACUGAUCAUUGUACUAUAUAGCGAGU